GGACAAUUCCCUUCAACGUGCAAAGGUAUCGAGGUCCACUUAAUAACACACGCAAUACUUAGACGUACAACAAAAAACAACUUUAAUGAACCAAAAACAAUGUCAAGUCUAACCAUAUAAAGUUCGAGAUUUGAGGUUGUCAGAUGCUUGUUCGGUUGUGUGGAAAGCGUUGCAAAUAUCGGCAGCGGAGCGGACAUGAUGGCCGGCACCGGUCCGGGUCGGUCCGUCCGACAAAAUGGAAGACGCCUCGGCGCCGACAAACGGUUGACUGGAUGGAGGGCUGCGAGUGCGAUGUAGGCGGGGAAACAAUCAUCUCUGCGGGGACUGGAGCCGAGGACCAACGGCGCAGUACUGGCGAUGAUUGUUCGACCCUCCCCUUCUUCCUCUCCAACGAAGCCGAGAAGCAGCGAGCCCCGGACGACCAAGCGCCUCGGUGAACCCGCCUAUUUAGGCGUCUCUUUUCGGCUCAACUUAAAGGCGCCUCGUAUUUCCCCCCCCCUUCGUUUCCCGGGCCGCCAUUUGGACCUUAUCACGACUAAACAAAGGAUCACCCACAAAUGAAUGGAAACAUGGAGGCAACAUCCCAACCUCAAGUGUGGGCCCAGGACGACGUGUUCCAAUUGCUGGAGUCCAUGAAGUUGGCACUCCCGCAGAAGGACCUGACCAAGUACAAGAGGUCAGUGACCCACCUGGACUGGGACAAAUUGGCCUUCAACUCCUACACGGCCGAAAUGUGCAAGCUGAAGUGGCUGGAGGUCGCCAAAGAGAUCCGUAAAUUUCGGACUCUCACGGAGCUGAUAUUGGACGCUCAGGACUACAUCAAGGACCCAUACAAAGGCAAGAGACUAAAGAAACAUCCGGAUUUUCCCAAGAAGCCCCUGACACCGUACUUCCGCUUCUUCAUGGAGAAGAGGGCCAAGUAUGCAAAAUUGCAUCCGGAAAUGAGCAACUUGGAUCUGACCAAGAUCUUGUCCAAGAAAUAUCGUGAGCUGCCUGACAAAAAAAAGAAAAAAUACUUGGAUGACUUUGUGAAGGACAAAGAGGUUUUUGUACACAGCAUGAUGAGGUUCAGGGAGGAGCACCCGGAGCUGAUGGAGAGCAUGACUAAGAAAGGCUCAAAUGUUCCCGAGAAGGCCAAAACGCCUCAGCAGCUGUGGUACACCCACGAAAAGAAGGCCUUCCUCAAAGGCCACCCUGACGCUACCACAAAGGAUAUCAAGGACUACCUCAGCAAGCAGUGGACACAGCUGUCGGACAAGAAGAGACUCAAGUGGAUCGCCAAGUCGCUGGAGCAGCAUAAGCUGUACGAGGAGACGAUGCGCGAGUACAUUCAGCAGCAUCCUGAGAUGAACCUGACGCAGGGGGACAUCGUCAAGUCCACGCUGACCAAAGCCGAGAGGCACCUCAAGGACAAGUCCGACGGCCGUCCCGACAAGCCUCCACCGAACGGCUACUCCAUGUUCUGCGCCGAGCUGAUGUCCAGCAUGAAGGACGUGCCCAGCACAGAGCGUAUGGUCAUGUGCAGCCAGCGCUGGAAGCUGCUCAAGCAGAAUGAGAAGGAUGCCUACCAGAAGCGCUGUGAGCAGAGGAAGAAGGAAUACGAAAUUGAGAUGAACAGAUUCCUCAGCAGUUUGUCUGAGGAGGAGCAGCAGAGGGUCUUGGGUGAGGACAAGGGGGGCUUCAAGCGGGGCAGCGGGGCCAACAGCACAGCGUCCAGAAAGAACUCCAAAGCCAAGGCCAACGCGGAGAAACCCAAGCGGCCCAUCUCAGCCAUGUUCAUCUUCUCCGAGGAGAAGCGUCCCAAGCUGCACCAGGAACGUCCGGAUCUCUCCGAAAGCGAACUCACGCGGAUGCUGGCGCGCAUGUGGAACGAGCUGCCGGAUAAGAAAAAGGAGAAGUAUAAGCGACUGGAGGCGGUCUUGAAGGCGGGGUCGGAGAAAAAGGAGGACCGUAGUCUGCCCGACCCACCCAAGACGGCACAGGACAUCUGGCAGCAAAGCGUCAUCGGAGACUAUCUGGCCAGAUUUAAGAACGACCGGCCCAAGGCUCAGAAGGCGAUGGAGGCCACCUGGAGUACUAUGGAAAAGAAAGAAAAGAUCAUGUGGAUCAAAAAGGCGGCAGAAGACCAGAAAAGAUACGAGCGAGACCUGUGCGAGAUGCGUUCGCCCGUCGCCACCGCCGUGGCCUCUGGGAAGAAGAUGAAGUUCGAGGGCGAACCCAAGAAGCCGCCGUCAAACGGCUACCAGAAGUUCUCUCAGGAGAUGCUGUCCAACGGAGAGCUCAACCACCUGCCCAUGAAGGAGAGGAUGACGGAGAUUGGUAGCCGCUGGCAGAGGCUGCCCCUCAAGGACAAGGACCGCUACAAAAAGAUUGCAGAGGAGAUGCAGAGGCAGUACAAAGUGCUGCUUGAGCAGUGGCUGGCCAGUGUAUCUUCUCAAGUUAGGAAUUCCUACAAAGAGUACAACUCACAGAAAAGAAAAACCCCUACAAAACCAGGAGGCCCCAAGGCAAAGGUCAAGAAAUCGGACACCGAGGAAGAAGAAGACGAUGACGACGACGACGAUGAUGAAAAGGACAGGGCUUCCUCCGAAGCGGGGUCCUCCAGUGAAGAUGAUGAUGAUGACGACGAUGACAAGGACGAUGAAGACGACGACGAAGUGGACGACAAGGAGAACAAGUCAGAAGACAGUAGCAGCGAGUCCAACUCUGGCGGCUCGUCAGACUCGGACUCAGACUGAAGAGAGGCACAGGGGGCGGGACCACCGUGACGACGGGACAGACCAAGCUGAGCCACGGGGGCUUCAUUCGGGGGGGGGGGGGGGGAUCUCUGCCACUGUGCCAACCCCUGCCCAAGCUGCCACCUCCAUUUCACACCCACCCACCCACCCACUUUUUUCUCUCUCUUUCUUUUCUUUUAAUUUCUUCCCUUCAUCAGCCCCUCGCCGAGUUUUAGUCGGACCUGCAUCCCACUGGUUUGGCGAUGUUCUGAACUGACACUUAUUUGUUUUGAGUUUUAAAACAAUGUCGUCCAUUUUAUUUGAUUGUUCCACAGGGACGAGCCAGGCUUCUCGCAGCCAAAGAACACGACAAGCGGGUGGGGCACUUCAAGCAGGGAGAGGGGCGGGCAGGAUGCGAGGGUAUUUGUACUGGAAAAAGUUGCACUCUUAAGAAUGUUUCCUUGUUAAUACUGUACCCCAACCCCCCCCUUCUACUUUUUCCUCUGCUUUUGAUUUUAUCCCAUUGACUUCUUAAAGAGGUGGUAUUUUUUCAGAUAUAAAAAACAAAAAAAACAAAAACAAAAGAAGCCAUGAUGAAUGUUUUGGAUUUUUUUUUCUGUUGUCAUUGCUGGAACGUCGUUUAAAAUGCUGCAGUGCAAACAAGAUUUCAAUCUCGGUUAUUGUAUCCCCCCAAGCUUUUUCUUCUUCUUCAUCGAGGGCAGUUAUACUCAUUGAAACCGAGCACCAGUCGCAACACAAACUGUCUUGACAUUACGCCUCCUUGCAAACACACAUUUACAUUCAUUAUCACAUUUGUAAACAAAAGCAAUUCAUGGGAAGUUAUUUGUUUGGUUCUCUUAGAGGCACUGCACAUUUUGAGGUUUGUUGUUCAUUUUUAUGUCCAAACUACAAAUAAAUCAAGUUGUUGUGCAACGCUUCCUAUGUUCCCCAUGCAUGCUUUAUUUAAAAAAACACAUUUAAAUUGGGUCUUUUUAAUGUUUGAUCUUGGUUAACUCCCUCCAAAUCUUCCCUUAAUUGUAGAAUGGAUGACACAGACUACAAAAUGAAUGUACAUAUUAGACAUUUUUGCUUGGUGACACACACCAUGACUUACAUUAGUUAUAAUCUUCUGUUUGUGAUUGAAUCAAAGUUAAAAGGGAGGCGGCAGUGUGUGUUAUUCUUGUAAAUACUGUUUUAUUUUGUAUUGAGUGGUUUUCUUUUCUCCCGUCCGUUGCUUGGUUUUUGUUUUCCUUGAGAUGAAAUGUUUGAAAUGUUGAAAAAAGCAACAACAAAAAAAGCUUUACAACUUUGUACUGCUGAUCAUUUGACCAACAAAAAAAAAAAAAAAAAUCACGUUUUCUAUAGCAGAGGGUGUUAUGAUGUCCUUGUCGUUCAAGUAUUUGGGCAAAUAAACACAAUCUUGAAAAA